CGAGGGAGAACUGGAGGAGAGAGAAAGAGAGAGAGAAAGAGAGAGAGCAAGAAAGGGAGGUAGAUAAAGCCUGAACCGGCAUCAUGAGCUGUGCAAUGCCCUACGACUCCUUGCCCGCUCGGCUGAGCCCCAGGCGAACGGUGGACUGGGAACGUGAGCAGCUAGCGGCGCGGAGGCUCUCCUCUCCCAGAGGGCUGAGCCUCCUCAACCCUUCUACUGGGCUUCGGCGGCACUCGGCACUCCCCGGGUACAUGCUCUCGCCCUUCCAGGAGAAAAAACACCAGGAGCACCAGGAGCAGCUGCAACAGCAUCUCUCAAUAUCCCUGUCCUCCGAGGCCUCCAUGGCGCCCCCAGCUCCCCGCAUGGGUGGACCCCUGCCCUGCUGCCGGCCAGUGGGCGUCAUGCCCCUGCUGCGCCUGGCCCUGCUGGCCUUCAGCUGCCUCUUUUGGGCAGCCGGUCUGGCCAUCUUCACCCUGGGCGUGUGGGCCCAGGUAUCGCUGGCCGACUACAUGCUGCUGUCGGCCAACCGCUACCCCAACGCCCCGCUCAUCCUUCUGGCCACUGGGGCAACCGUCACGGCCUGGGGCUUCCUGGGCUGUCUGGGAGUGGCCGCCAACCUACCCUUCGUGCUGCGGGCAUACGGCUUCAUACAGUUGGCGGCACUUAUGGCAGGGCUAGCCGCCGGCCUCUCAGGCCUGUUUUACCGCGAGGACAUCGCCCUAGGGUUCCGUAGUGGACUGCAGCAGGCAGUGGCGGGCUAUGGCACGAUCGAGGGCCCCUCCAAUGCUCUGGAUAGCCUGCAGAGGGGGCUAAAGUGCUGCGGGGCCGAGGGCUGGCGCGAUUGGCUGACCUCCGACUGGGCCAAUCAGGACGCAGUAUUCUCGCCCAAGUGCAACGGCUCCUCUGUGUCGCUACCCGAGAGCUGCUGCAUCCGACGCAAGGGCUGCAAGAACCAACCCCUGCCAGCAGUGGGCAGCGAAGGGGUGGCGGCUGCUGGGAUCCAUCCCCACGGCUGUUUCCGGAAGGUGUUCAGUUUCGUCAAUGACAACGUCUUCCACAUUGCUGCCACCGUGCUCGGGCUAGCCUUCACUCAGAUAGGAGGCAUCGCCCUGGCCUGUCUACUAGCUAACCGCCUGCAACCAAGACCACACCGACCAGUCGCACACUAAUAAAGAGAGUGGGGCAACCCUGGACCUUGACUAGGGAUCAACCCAUCGGAGAGUAAUACCAUUUGGACUGUACAAUGCCUCUAACUUAACAUUUCGGGGCGUGUGUGGAAGAGGAAAAUAUAGGAAAUAUAAUUUUACUCUGUGUCUGACAGUGUAGUGUCACUACUUUAACCCAAGGACGAGGUUGGCUGCUCGUUUUCAUAUCCACUCACCAUCUCUUUCUCCGACCAACAACCCUGAGAUAAUGACUGUAUAUACACGGACAUCUGUGAGGAGCGACCAUUGACAUGACUGUAAAUAUACUGCUUGAUGCUUAUGAACAUGCCACAUUAAGAAAUGUGAAGACAGAACAUUUACAUGUGUGAAGAUGUGCAGUGAAACAAAGUGUUAUUUUAUUCUGUGCUAUUUUGGCAAGUCAUACCAACUAAUUUGGUUGUUUCUUGUAAAUAAUCCGUCAGAGAAAUGUAACAUUUACUGUUAUAUUUGAACCGUAUGAUUGUAAUGAUCAGACUUGACCAUACACUCUAAGAAAAAGGGGUUCCAAAAGGGUUCUUGGGCUGUCCCCAUAGGAACAUCCUUUUGGGUUCAAUGU